UGAAUUAUUUGAGAAAAUUUUACUUUCUGGGUUUUAUUUUUGGAAACAACUUUCGGGGUUUUGAAUUUGUUUUUAAAAAAGAUUUGUUGAUUAUGCUUUCUUCUUUACAUUUGACCCUCAUGCCUGCCACCGUCAAUGUUCACCAUCUCGCCACUUUACAACACGCUUCAAGGCUGCAGCGAAAGACGGCUCAGAAGAUAGUUUUUCAGGCAUUGAGAGAAGCUACGGUCACUGAAACAGUUGUUCGCCAUUUCAGAACGUUAGCCAAACUGAGAAAAUCAACACAAGCUGAUUGUCCGGCUGCGUUCUUUGAGGAGUUCCUGGAAUUGCAAAGACAGAUAUCUCAAACCAUGGAUCUUCUUCAAUAUUUGACGAAAUUCAGCACGACCCUAUUGAUCAGGAGAAACCCGAAUCUAGGAGAAGAAAUACAGCUCCGAAUCAGCAGUAAACCAUGAGCAUAUGAGAUCAAACGCUGAGAACAAGAACCCAUCACUAGCUCCUCCUUCCGUGUUACAAAACACAGCGAAGUUGACUAAAGAGAUAGAGCAAGGAGCUGCAAAUUGGUUCAUAAGGUUUAUGGAAAAGGUUAUGGAGAAGGGGAUGAAGAAGUGUAAAGGCACGGGUGAUGCAGAUGUUAACAAAGAUCCACAGUCUCUGAUUUUCCAGGUUGUAAACUGGGUGGAAGCAGAGCAGUCUGCUGAUAGCACGAGAUGACAUGUACAUCCAAAAACAUCAUAAGUCUUUAGAAAGCUCAUAAUCAAAAUGAAGCAUUUGAAUAUGAUUCUUUUAUAUUGUUCCCAUUUCUACUUCAAAGGCUUCUUAGUUUCCACUUCUUAUCGAUAAAAUUAUUCAUGGAAUCUAUUGUUGUUAAUCAAGUUUAUAAUAGAGUGGCUGUUCUCAGAUCUCCCAAAUAAAAGAUGGUCAUAUCAGUAAGAAGAAGAAGAAGAAAAGAUAACUAAAAAAUGUUUUACAAAUUACAUAUGUAGCUUCGCGUAAAUGUAAUGAAGGUUAAUAUCAUUAUCUAAGUGCUAAUCCUUUAUCAACCAUAGUCAAGAAAUAUGCAUAAGUCCCUUGAUGGCAAUAACAACAAGCUUGACUUGCAAGUAAUUGACUUUUGUUUUGUUUCACUGAACCCACACUUGCGAAAGAAAAUAAAAACGGCGAAUAUCAUGAAUUUAAUGAAAGUUUGUAUAAAUACAUACAUAACUCCAUUACAGGAUAACUAAAAUAAAAUAAGGAGUCUAACAUAUCUUUUUCAUUUUUAGUCACAAAACUUGGGCUUUAAAAAUUAAUUUUGAAUAUGAUUAAACCACAACCAAUGAUUAAUACAUAAUCAGAAAAUUGUAAGAAAAAUAAAAACUAACAAAUAUGAAAAAUUCAUAAGAACAACAAAUAGAAGAAUUCAUUUAUGAUAUUGCUAUUACGCUGUAUCAAACCAAGUUGAAAGAAAAUAAAAAAGGAAGAAAAGUGUAUCUCAGGGAUUUUUCCUAUUUUCCAGGUAUUAACUCAAGUUAAAAAUAUUAGCAAGAAAUUAUUAAAAGAAAAAACAACAAAGAGCUAAUAAUUAACUAAAACUAAGAUAAAAAAUAGUUGGAAAUAAUAAAAAUAAUAAUUUUCCAUGAAUAUCAAGAAAACUGAAAAAUUGUGAAAGAAAAAUGAUAAAAUACAAAUCUAGGCUACUAUAUCCAAUCAAAUAACUAGAAUACACCCAGUUUUAGUAUUCAAAGAAUAAAGAGAUACAAUGUAAUAAAUAAAACACAUAUAAUGUUCACAUCUUUAGAAACAAACACAUUAUAAAUCACAUGAAGACAAAACACACUACAAGAUAAAUCAAACGAUAAUAUUAAAACAGAAUAUACAUUAUUCAUGUUUCAAUUUCUCUGUUGAAGAAAAUUAGUCAAUCAAAUAAGAUAAUGAGGUUGUAUUUUUGUUAAUCAAAUAAACACAAUACUAAUAAAUUAGGCCAAUUAAAAUGAAACAAUAUAAAAAUAUUUGGUUGAUAGACAUUUUAAACAAACCACAUUAAUAUAAAAACAAUUGUUAAGCUGUAAAAUUAAAAAAAAAAAAAUACAAUAUU